UAGUGACCACAGUAAGCUACAUUUUCUCGUGUGGCUGGUUUUUGUUAGCGCAGACUUUGUUUCGUUUAACGCGAAAUUAACCGGUUUUGGCGAGUCUUUACGGAAAAGCACCGUAGCAUUUCAGCUAGCUAUUUAGUCUUUAAGUUACCAAUAGCUAAGGCACACGAAACAGUGACUUUAACGGACAACGGUGAAUCAGCGUGCUAGCUAGAGAGAAAAAUCUUGAAAGCCUCAACAUUCACAACGCAACAUUCAUUGAUGUUAACGUCCAUAAUUGUGUACAUAUCGUUUUCGGAGCUCGCCGGUGUUAUAUUUAUUGCUGGUUUUCCGUCUACCAAGAUGUAUGGGAUGUCGGGAUGACAGGAAGAUGGCAAACGGGGUUGGAAAACACAAGCUGCUUGUCAUUGGACCAACAGAGCCAUGGUCAGUGAGGGAGAAGCUGUGUUUGGCCACAUCUGUCAUGAAGAGUGGAGACCAGAACUGGGUAUCUGUCAGUCGAGCCAUCAAACCUUUUGCAGAACCUGGGCGACCACCUGACUGGUUCUCUCAAAAGCACUGUGCCUCCAAGUACUCUGAGCUCCUGGAAACAACAGAGGCCCCAAAGCGGAAGCGUGGUGAGAAAGGUGAAGUGGUGGAGACAGUGGAGGAUGUGAUAGUACGCAGGCUGACAGCUGACAGAAUUGAAGAACUGAAGAGGUUCAUCAAAGACACACAGGAGAAGCACAGGAAAUUGAAGAAAGAGGCCGAACUGAUUCAAGCAGGACGUCUAGAUUCCAAAUUAAAAGAGUUAUGGGAAGAAAUUCUGCAGAAGAAGAAAGAGGAGGAGGAGGAAGCAGAGUUGAAAAGAAAAAACACAAAUACUGCUUAUCAGGCCAGACAGGCAGCAAAGAACACACCUAAGCGAGUGCCUGGCAUCACCAUGCAUUCCCCCUCAGGCUGCAGCUCCCCAAGCCAGGAGUUCUCUCCAGGUGACCCACUCGAGUGCUUGACACUGGAUCUUGCACCGACCAAAAAUGCUUCAGGUUCAGCCAGAUUAAUGACGAUUGCUGAGUCUCCUGGACACGGUAAUGAUGACAUCAGCCACGGAUCACUUCUGGAUGACCCUACUCAAAAGAAGCUCCUGGGCCAGAAAGCUACACCCCCGCCAUCUCCACUCCUGUCAGAGUUACUGAAGAAAGGCAGUAUCCUGGCCUCAAAUUCCAGACUGAUUGGGGACGGUGAGCUCAUUGAGCACGGCGCAGGAGCACAUGAUUUGCAGCUGGCUACGCCUAGUCAACCUCUCUCUCAGGCAUCAGGUGCCCCAAUGUUGUCCCGUCUCCUGGAGGCAGGUCCCAGCCAGUUUUCUGCCCCAUUAGGUUUCAUGGUCAAUCCGGACUCAGCAUCCAGUGCUCCUGCCUCUGCUGCCACUCCUGUGCCUAUUGACUCUACUGCCGCAGCCAGUACAGAGGUGGAUGUGAUGGUGCCGUCUUUGCCCCUCGGAUGCCAGCCUGUCUCUGUAGAGGACAAAGUGUCAGAGCUCAGUGAGGAGGACGUGACUGUGUCCUACAUGGGGGAUGAGCUGGACCUGAAGACGGUGGGGGACAUUAUCGCCAUCAUUGAGGACAAGGCAGAUGAGACUGCAGAGGCUUUGGAUGCCGCUGCAGUUGAGGCUGCGCUGUCACUGUGUGAGGAGAACGGCCAUGCUUUAUCUGGUGCCUGGGAUGCUGGGCCUUUCCAGCCCCAUGAGUCUCACCCCGCAGUGCCCACUGGGGUCCCACAGUCCUCGUCUCUUCACAGUAGCCUGGAGGGGAAGACAGAAAUGUUAGAAGUUCAGGGUGGGACUUCACUCUCCUCUCUGUGCAGCAGCCAAGAUAACGGCCUCGCAGCGUUCCCCAUGGGACUAAGGGGCCUUCCUCCCACCUCCUCAUCCUCAUGCAGCUCAAAGAGUUUGGAGCACUGCCACACUGGAGCACCUCCACAGCCUGAGGCAAUGAGAGAGACUGGAGGGUUGGCGCACCAGAAAAGCCAAAUUUCUUUGGAUGUUACUAAAAAAUGUGAGAGUGAGAAGUGGGCACAGCAGAGACCUGAACACCCCCAUGGAGACUCAGUAUUAGAAGAUAGCCCACUGACAGAAAGGCAUCCCAAGGAGAUGAAAGAAGCGGGGGAUGGAAUAAGCAUUAGAGGAGGAGAGAAUGCCUCAGGGACUAAAGCGUACAAUGAGCUCAAUGGGCCAGAAGUGAGUGGAGAAGAAGAGGGUGAUGGGGCGGAGGGAUUCUUGUCAGAGCCAGACGGCGAGACGGAGCUGGAACCCGCGGCCAGCGAGACGGAGCUAGAACCCGCGGCCAGUGAGAGUGAGGACGGAUACAGCCUCCACACGGCCUCCUCGUCUCUGCAGCCUUACACAACUGCAGACUCCAUCCCCAGCAGCCCUGCCUCAUCCCAGUUUUCUAUGUGCAGUGAGGACCUGGAAGCUCUACAGGCUCACAAGAUCUGGAAGAAAGCCAUCAUGCUAGUGUGGCGUGCGGCAGCCAAUCACAGGUAUGCAAAUGUCUUCCUGCAGCCAGUAACAGAUGAAAUUGCACCUGGGUACCACAGUAUCGUGCAGAGGCCAAUGGACCUGGCUGCCAUAAAAAAGAACAUUGAGACUGGUUUGAUACGAACCACGGCCGAGUUCCAGCGGGACAUCAUGCUGAUGUUUCAGAACGCCGUCAUGUACAACAGCCUGGAUCAUGACGUGUACCACAUGGCUCUGGAGAUGCAGCGUGAUGUCCUGGAGCAGAUCCAGCAGUUUCUGGCUACCCAGCUCAUCAUGGAGACAUCAGAGUCUGGUAUCAGCGCCAAGAGCCUGAGGGGCCGUGAGAGCACACGCAAACAGGACUCUACUGACAAGGACACUGUCUCCAUGUCCUCUCCUGCCUUCCUUCUUUCUCUUUUUGACGGAGGCACCAGAGGGCGCCGUUGUGCCAUAGAAGCUGACCUCAAGAUGAAGAAAUGAACAUAGAGCGAAAACGUUACAUAACAGUGUCCCCAAGUUAAAGUGAAAGGUGUGAUACCACAAAACUGAACUUAUUCUCUGUCAGUUGCACAGAUUCUCACUCUGCGUAAAAUGCAGCGUAAUCUUUAUUUGCACUCUAGAUUAAAUGGGUAGACUGUAACAUGGAGAGGCUCAUUUCCCCUGAGACAGCCAUACAGACAUGGAUUACAUACUGUAUAAUCCCAGAUUACAAAGGGGCAUUCAGAAAGACUAGGUCAAAUCUUCCAUAGACGUAGCUGCAGAUCACUUAGAUUUAGCCUGCUCUGAAUUACAUAAGGUUGUGUAAUGAAGAUAAAAGUUACUCCUAGCCUACAAACUGGCUGAAUUUAAGCCUUUAUGGGCAGAUACACUUCAGAUUAGUGUGGCUGAUUUGGAGAAAUAUACCAGGCUGGUGAUAAUAUGUAAAACCAGAGGCCAAAGAGUCUGAUCAAUCUAGAAUAUCUGAAUGAUCAGGGGGGCACACAUACUAAUUUCAAACAGAAACAUUUUCAUUGCUGGUAAAAAAAUAUCAUCAGAGUUUUUGUUUUUUUAGUUUUCUAAUUUUAAAACCGCUCAGAUCAUUUUUAAAUAUGGCUGUAUUUGUGAUGAUUUUAUCUAGGCUACACUUCCUGUGAAACUGUUCCAACAUGUAUAUUCUGAGUCAUUUUCAGUAUUUUUGAGAAAACGUCACGUUAUGAAACUGUUUUGUGGAAUUUAAAAUGUUUAAACAAUAAAACUUAAACAAGAGCCCUCAA